UGCAUGCGGCGCGGAGCCGCGGCCGUGCCGGAGCCAUGUCGGCGGCGCCCCGGGGCUGCGGCGGGGCCCCGCGGGGCCGGACCGGCGAGAAGCAGUGCUCAUGGGCUUCCUACAUGACCAACUCCCCCCUGAUCGUGAUGAUCGGGCUCCCCGCCCGUGGCAAGACCUACAUGUCCAAGAAGCUCACCCGCUACCUCAACUGGAUCGGGGUGCCCACCAAAGUGUUUAAUUUAGGGGUGUACCGGCGCGAGGCGGUGAAGUCCUACAAGUCCUACGACUUCUUCAGGCACGACAACAAGGAAGCCAUGGAAAUCCGCAAACAAUGUGCUUUGGUGGCUCUGGAAGAUGUGAAGGCUUAUCUGCUGGAGGAGUGCGGGCAAAUAGCUGUGUUUGAUGCCACCAACACAACUCGAGAGCGACGGGACCUGAUCCUAAAUUUUGCUAAGGAAAAUGCUUUCAAGGUGUUUUUUGUGGAGUCUGUCUGUGAUGAUCCAGAGGUCAUUGCUGCCAAUAUCCUGGAGGUGAAAGUUUCCAGCCCCGACUACCCAGAGAGACACCGAGAGAAUGUGAUGGACGAUUUCUUGAAGAGGAUAGAGUGCUACAAGGUCACCUACCAGCCUCUGGAUCCCGAUGCUGAUGACAAAGAUCUUUCCUUCAUUAAAGUGAUCAAUGUGGGCCAGCGGUUCCUAGUAAACAGAGUCCAGGAUUACAUCCAGAGUAAAAUCGUCUAUUACCUAAUGAACAUUCAUGUCCAGCCACGCACCAUCUACCUUUGCCGACAUGGUGAGAGUGAAUAUAACCUUGUUGGCAAGAUUGGUGGGGAUUCUGGUCUGUCACCUCGUGGGAAGCAGUUUUCCCAAGCGCUGAAGAAGUUCAUCGAGGAGCAGGAGAUUGUGGAUCUGAAGGUGUGGACGAGCCAGCUGAAGAGGACGAUCCAGACGGCCGAGUCCCUGGGGGUCCUGUACGAGCAGUGGAAGAUUCUCAACGAGAUCGAUGCUGGGGUCUGUGAAGAGAUGACCUAUGCAGAAAUCGAAGCCAAGUAUCCAGAGGAGUUUGCAAUGAGGGAUCAAGAGAAAUAUCUUUAUCGCUAUCCUGGAGGCGAGUCCUACCAGGACUUGGUCCAGCGCCUGGAGCCAGUAAUUAUGGAGCUGGAACGACAAGGCAACGUCCUCGUUAUCUCCCACCAGGCAGUUAUGAGGUGCCUGUUGGCUUAUUUUCUUGACAAGAGUGCAGAUGAGCUGCCCUACCUGCGCUGCCCCCUCCACACCAUCCUCAAGCUCACUCCUGUUGCCUACGGUUGUAAAGUGGAGACCACCCUGAAUGUGGAAGCAGUGAACACCCACCGUGACAAACCCUCCCUGAACUCACCUCCAGUGGGAAAUGCUUCCCCCUGAGAACCACUGCAAGCAGCUUCUGUGUGCUCUCUUUUGGAGGAUGGCCAAUUUAACAGUGUAGAGGUUCGUGCUUUCCCCUUGGAUCCUGCUGGGAAUUCCAUGGCCAGGAGGAGCCCUGGGACUGGAGCAUCCCCGGAGCACAGUGAGCCCCUUCGGCCAGUACUCGCCCUGAACUGAGUUUUUAGAGUUUUUAGAGUGUGUCUUUGCCUGUGUCUUUUCUUUCCAAAUGCUGGAAUGUCUGUCCAUGAGAUUGGAGAAAAUUCAUUUAUGGAGCUUUUUCAAGCUGCUUUUAAUGAGCCAACAUAUCCCUGGGCUUUUGGGAUCUUUCCUCCUGGUUAGAUGCCAAAAACUAACCACAGUGUGAUGACAAAAGAGUCAUGUUCUUACUGGCUGAGUCAGAUUUUCUUUGGAAAAGGCACUACCAGACAAAAUCCCCGAGUUUUUAUUUAUCUGUUACCAUUUCCAAGUUAUUUCCAAGUUCAAGCACAAUUAUGUGUCGUUCAGCUGCCCAAAGAGCUCCAGUUUAACUUUGUUUCCAGAACUGCUGAUGUGGGUCCCCCCAGUCUGAGCCUGUUCCUCUGCUUGGGAAGGCUUUUGCUUGGGAUGUAACAGCACAUCCCAUUUCCAGGUCAGCACAUCCCACGGGAUGCCUCCUGUGAGGGACAGAUGGAAUAAAACCUCCUGUCCCUCUCUGGAAGCAGCACAGCAGCCAGUGCUUUUAAAUCCCACCUCAAGCCCUACUUUAGGUUUGCAUCCUGACCUAAACCUCAUCUCCUCUCAUUUUUCCUGCAUUUUGUGGAUGGUUUAUCCAUUACCCCCAAAAACAUGGCUCUGCUUAGUGUCUGGGAACAGUGGAGCCCUUGGGCAGGGUUUGGAGGAAGCACAAGAUUUUUACCAGUUGGCUUUUUAAUAUACCAAAUUUUAAGCCCACAACAAGCUUUUAACUUGCCUGUGAAUCAGCUGUGAAUGUUACCUAUGUCUAAUGCUGCCUUUCACAUUUUAAGCUGGUUUUUUUAGUGUUUAGAGCACAUAUGGUGCAGUUGUGUCUGGCUGUGUCUGACUUAAAUCCCCCCCAAACCCCAAAUUUAUAGUUUUCUCCUCAAGCCUUGACUUCCAUUUUGCCAAACUCCCAUUUUACCCCACUCCAGCUGUUCUUGCAAUAAGGGCAAAACCCUCAGGUUGGGUGAAAAAAGGAGUGUUUGGGUACAGAGCAGGAGGCUGUUCUGGACCUGCUGUUUCCAGUUGACUCUAGGAUUUAUCUGAGCAGAAUUUGCUUAUUUUAAAUGCAUAAAUAAAUGCUGGAUAUACCCAUAAUUAGGGAAAUCUGUGCCCUGGCUGUGGAGGAGCUCAGCAGCCCUGAAGCCUGAGCAUUUUGAGCUCAAACCUGGUUGUUCUAAGCAAUCCCAGAGCUUUAAUUUGAUAAAACUGAGUUAGAGGAGACCAAGGCACUAAUCCUGACCCCUUAGGAUUCCUGAGGAGCAGAAGCACGUCAUAAUCUAAAGCAAUUGUGCCACAGGAAGAGGAAAUUUGGUGGCGAGAAAUUGAAUUUUAGUAGUUUUGCUCCUCAGGCUUUUAACCCCUGGGGGGCAGGUUUGCUUCAACCAUCUGGCCUUGGGUUUUAAACAUUUUUUUACUUAGGAAUAAACCAGAAAAAAAAAAAAAACGUUGAAGGAAGAUUUAGAGCCCGUCCAUGAUAGUUUUUUUUUGCUGUCACGCUCUGAAAAAAGCUCUAAACGCACAAACCCCCGUGUUGGGCUGGCAGCUCCCACCAAAAAACCUCCUGCUCUGUGGGGGGAAAAAAAAGGAAAAAAAAAAGGGGUAGAAAAUGUACUGUAGGGUGUUUCUGCACAACAUGCUGUGAUAACUUGCUAAAGAGUUGAUUAUGUUCGUUGUCAUCGAGUAGUUAAUGGUUGUAAGGAGACAAAAAUAUAUUUUUACCUGCUGGGAAUUGUGAAUGUCGCUGUUUGUCUGUUGGUGGUCGUGGCUUUUUUUGUUUAAUCACUGCUAAAAAAAUCAGGGCUAACUGCUGAAAAAUCAGUUUGGAUCAGUGGCUGUGGGGGUCCCUUAUUCCCAUGGAGUGGGUCCUUGUUUUGGCCAUGGGAUGGAGCUUCAAUCCUUCCCUGCUCACAGCAGUGUUUGUGCCUUGGUGCUUUAAUUAAAGCUUGACUUGAGCCUUUUCCUCUGCAUUUUAGCCUUUGAAAGGGUGUGUUUUUAAAACACAGGUGUCCAGAGCAGAGCAGCAGCAGAUUUGUGGUCAGAUCAUUGCCCUGAGGGUGAAUCAUACCCACCACACCAGGUCCUGCUGAGCCCUGAGUGCAGGGCCAGGGUGAUGCCAAGUGAGCCCACACUCUCCUGGCAGGUGCCUGUGCCAGGCAUUUCCUUGAAAUCACCUGAUUUCCUUGGCACUGGGCGUGCAAAUACCCAGAUAAACAACAAUUGCACAACGGGGUUGGGGUUUUUUUCAAUACUUUUGAUUUAGCAGCAGCUUGUGUUGUCGGGGAGCAGAGCUGGUGUCGUGGGCUGGGCAGGUGGAGGUGUGGUGGGUUUGGAGGUGUGAAUGUUGGCCUGGCACCUUGGAGAGCAUUUUACCAUGAGGGGGGGUGUGUUUCUGCAACCCUGUGAUUUUUCUGCCCACGUGUUUGGUGGUGGUGGCUGCUGUCACCUUCAGUGAGCAGUGGUGGGGCCACCCGUGGGACUAAUGGGUCAGUGCAGAGAGAAAGGAUCACUCUGGCAAAAAACCUGCUCCAUCUCCUCUGCCAGCAGUGGGGGAAACUGGAAAAUGGGCAAAAAAUGGCUUAAACCCAACCUGGGUAGCUUAUUUGUGUACACUGGCUGUGACCUUGGAGCUGCCACCUCUGUCAGGCGUCCCCUUCCCGGCAGUGGGUGAUGGUUGGGAAGCCUGGCCCCGGUGCCAGGGGGACAAGGAGCAGCUGUGGGAUGAGAGGCAUCAGCAGCAGCAUGGCCAGGACCCACCUGGCCUGGGGAGAUGUCCCCAACCCUCACCCUGUGCCCCUCUGGAAGGUGCUGGGGCACUGCCAGUGCCACCUCCCCCUGUCCCCGCUGCUCCUUGGUCCCUGAGCACUGUUGGCAGGCUGCCUCUGUAUUUAGUGUUUGCUGAUGUGGAUGUCACCCAUCUGCUUGUAAACUUCCCUGCUCUGCUGCCUUCUAAUGUGUUUUCUUUCAGGUUUAAAAAGCUGCAGUGUAUGUCAGCUUGUGCUGUAUGUUGUGUACUCUGUGCACUUGGGCAUAAAGAGCCAUCAGCCUCUAUUUACAAUAAAGAGAUUUAAAAAA